UAAAUUAAAAAAAGAGAGAAAAGCACGAACAGCACUUAUCAGUUCCUUACUCUGUACAUUCCAGAGCACGCUCUCCGCCUUCAUUUGCUGUUUUGCACAGCAUUAGUCUUUUUCACGGUUCGAGUGUCUGUGAAUCUUGUUUGAUUGGGGAAGCCUAGUCUUCACUUCGAUGGAUUCGAGUCAUGCAAAGCAAUUCGAUCGCUCCGAGGCCGACAAAGCAGGACCGAACCCGGGUCGAAAGGUUCGGGUCGUGGCAAAGGUUAGGGGCUUUGCGUUUCCGGAGGCCGAGGCUCAGAGUGUGUCUUUGAGAUCGGCGGACUGGAUUUCGGUGAACAAGCCUUCCCGAGAGAGUUCAGAGGGAGUCGCAAUCUCCUUCAGGGACCAUUCUUCCAGUCGUAAAGAGUCUUACUGGGUGGACUAUUGUUAUGGGGAAAAUGAAGAAAAUGACAUGAUGUAUUCAAGAGACGUGAAGCCUCUUAUAUCUUCUGUCUUUGAAGGCCAUAACUGCUCUAUUAUUGCGUAUGGAGCAAGAGGCAGUGGAAAGACUCAUGUAAUUCAGGGUUCUGCUAAGAUACCUGGUUUGUCAGCGCUUGCUGUUGCCGACUUUCUUUCAAUGGCAGAACAAAAUGGCAAAUCCAUUGCUAUAUCAUUGUAUGAGGUUGAUCAUCAGGAGCAUGCUGUUGAUUUAUUAAAUCCAGAACAACCGGCCAUUUUAGUUCUUGAAGACCGAGGCCGUAUUCAGUUUAAAGGGCUUUCUCAGAUUCCUGUGAAAUCCAUUGCAGAGUUUCAGAAAGCGUACGUCACUGCUUAUGCUACUCGAAAAGCUGCUGUGAAAAAGGGAAAUGACUAUGCUCGUAGAAGCCAUGUGGGAUUAAUAGUUCAUGUCUUUUCUGAUGCUGACGGCAUAGAAACUGGUUCUGUGGGCAAAAUGAAUUUUGUUGACAUGGCAGGCUAUGAGGAUGCCAGGAAGAAGAGUUGUGACAGCUUUUGGCUUGCUCAAACUAAUAAAAUUAACAAGUCCAUAUAUGCUUUAUUAAAUGUCUGUCACGCUUUGAGCACCAAUGAAAGUCGAGUUCCUUAUCGCGAGAGCAAACUUACGCGCAUGUUACAGGACUCUUUGAGAGGGACUAGCCGAAUUUUGAUGGUUGUCUGCAUGAACCCAUCUUUUUGCCAAGACACUAUCUACAUGUUAAGCUUAAUAUCCCGGUCUUGUCAAGGGAUUCAUCGAGUGACUGUAGAUGCUACAAAGAAAAGUGAAAUUUAUUCUGCAAGCCAGAUGAUGCUUACAUCUCAUAAGAGUAAGGUGCCCAAGAGUGUGUCUUAUACGGCCAAAAAACUAACUGGCUCGAGAUCACAUACAUGUGAAAAGAAAACUGAUUUGAGAAAAUCUGCAGUAAAAGGAAGGAAAUUAUUUGAUGAAGCAUGUCAUUCCGCUAAAGCUGAAAAGGCAAGGUUGUCAGAUACCAGUUCUACUGUAGAAACUUCAGUGCAAGAAGAGGAAAAAUUCAUUGUACCUGUCACCGAAGCAUUAUUGCCUUCAUCAUUGGACGACUCAGUUUCAGAUGCGAGGCAUCAAACAGAACUCGUGCUGGAAAAUGAUGACUCAGUUUCAGAUGCUAGGUAUGAAGCAGAACCCGUGGCAAAAAAGGUUGUCCCUGAGAAAAACGAGGAUCGUCGAGAGGAACAUACCCCUAAUUCUGGCAAGUAUGAGAGAGCAUUGUCCUCGCACUCUAUAGUUCAGGAAGGUCAUUUUGUGGAUAAGGAAAACGACAGUUUCAUUGCUAAUAAAGGUGAAUCACCACCAAUUAGCGCUCAACUGCGUGAACUGUCAAACAAUUUGAAGCUUCUAUUAUCUUCAACCCCAUUAAGCGUGAAGAUCCCUGAACAGGACAGCAUCAUAUCACAUAACAAUCAUGUGUCUUCUACAGAUAUUGUGGAACCAAAAACUCCCGUCACUGAACAAACUCUGGGUGCUACUGAUAGAUGGAAUGUCAUGAAUGCCAAAAGUCCUUGGGAAACAUACAGUGCGCGCAGUUCUGGAAUGAAGAACUCUCUCGUUCAUGAAUAUCUAAGGUUCUUAAACACUGCUAACAAGGAAGAAUUGAAAAGAUUAAAGGGGAUUGGUGAGAAAAGAGCGACCUACAUACUUGAGCUUCGUGAAGAAUCUCCUGAACCUUUCAAGAGUCUUGAGGAUUUACAGGACAUUGGACUUUCAGCAAAGCAGAUUAAGGGGAUGAUGAAACGGGAAGUUGGAGAGCUCUUCAAUCAGCCAUGAAAGCCUUUUGGGAUUAAUUUUCCUGUAAUUCAUUUGAUAUGUGUAUCAUCAUCUUCUCUGUGAUGUAUUUUGUUUCCAUGUAGAUUUGUACUGGCAACCUUAAGUUGCCCUUGUGUUGUGUAAAAUUUAACUUGAAAAUGAUCCUUAUUACAUUACCAUACGAAGUAGAGAUAAUUGGUAUUUGAUAUUAGAGACAACUAGAAAUUUAAAUUA